AGCAGAAGCGUUGCUUUACUUAUCCACCUACUUGCAGAGUCACUCUUCAGAGCAUCAGCAUCAUCUUCAUCUACUCUCUUCGCAGUUCUCACGCUAACCUAAUCCUCUUCUCCCAUUCCCUUUUCAAUCUCUCUCUCUCUCUCUCUCUCAUCCAAUGGAUAACAAGGUCCUCGACGCCAUCUCCGUCUCCGAUAUUGAAGCUCUCGGCAUAUCUUCUCCGCUAGCUCAUAAGCUCUGCAAGGAUGUCGCUGAUAUUGUCGCUAAUUACGGCGCCGCCACUCCCCAAACUUGGACUCACAUCUCCAAACACGUCCUUCAUCCUGACCUCCCUUUCUCCUUUCAUCAGAUGAUGUUUAAUGCUUGCUACAAGGAUUUCGGCACCGAUCCGCCUGCUUGGUCUCCUGACCUGAAGAGUGCUGCAUUGACGAAUGUAGGCCACCUCUUAGAGAGGCGUGGAAAAGAGUUUCUGGGUUCUCUGUAUGUGGAUCCCAUUUCGAGUUUCUCUGCCUUUCAGGAAUUUUCUGUUUCCAACCCUGAGCUUUAUUGGAAAACUGUGCUGGAUGAAAUGAACAUAUCAUUUUCAGUGCCGGCUCAAUGUAUUUUACUUGAAAACUCAUAUGGAGAAAGCCCAGGUGGGCAAUGGCUUCCUGGAGCAUAUGUCAAUCCUGCAAAGAAUUGCUUGAGCUUGAAUUGUAAAAGAACUUUGGAUGAUACGGUAAUAAGAUGGCGUGAUGAAGGAAGUGAUGAACUGCCUUUAAGCAGCAUGACACUUGACGAAUUGCGCACUGAGGUUUGGUUAGUUGCAUAUGCACUCAACAGACUGGGUUUGGAUAGAGGAUCUGCCAUUGCCAUUGAUAUGCCAAUGAACGUCAAGUCUGUGGUCAUCUACCUAGCCAUUGUUCUGGCGGGAUAUGUAGUUGUAUCUAUUGCUGAUAGUUUUGCUCCAUUGGAGAUAGCAACAAGGCUUAAAAUUUCAGAAGCAAAAGCCAUAUUUACUCAGGAUCUUAUAAUUCGUGGCGACAAAAGUAUUCCCUUGUACAGUAGAGUUGUGGAUGCUCAAUCACCUAUGGCAGUUGUUAUUCCUGCAAAAGGUUCUAGCUUCAGCAUGAAAUUGCGAGAUGGAGACAUUUCUUGGCAUGAUUUCCUAGAAAGAGUUGAGAAUAGAAGAGGAGAUGAAUUUGCUGCUGUGGAACAACCAAUAGAAGCAUUUACAAACAUCCUCUUCUCAUCUGGAACUACAGGGGAACCAAAGGCAAUUCCUUGGACCAAUGCAACCCCUUUCAAAGCUGCUGCAGAUGCAUGGUGCCACAUGGAUAUCCACAAAGGAGAUGUUGUUGCUUGGCCCACUAAUCUUGGGUGGAUGAUGGGUCCUUGGCUUGUAUAUGCUUCACUAUUAAAUGGGGCUUGCAUAGCUUUAUAUAAUGGAUCACCCCUAGGUUCUGGCUUUGCCAAGUUUGUACAGGAUGCUGAAGUAACAAUGUUGGGUGUGAUCCCAAGUAUUGUCCGGACAUGGAAAAGUGCAAAUUCCACAGCAGGCUAUGAUUGGUCUUCCAUUCGUUGCUUUGGCUCUACUGGUGAAGCAUCUAAUAUAGACGAAUACUUGUGGUUGAUGGGAAGAGCUCACUACAAGCCUGUUAUUGAAUAUUGUGGUGGUACAGAGAUUGGUGGUGGAUUUGUUUCUGGGUCUUUAUUGCAGCCUCAAUCAUUGGCUGCUUUUAGCACACCAGCAAUGGGCUGCAGCUUGUUCAUUCUUGGUGAUGAUGGCCAUCCAAUUCCACAUAAUGCACCUGGAAUGGGUGAACUGGCUCUUGGUCCUCUGAUGUUUGGAGCUUCAAGUUCGCUGCUGAAUGCUGACCACUACAAUGUGUAUUUUAAGGGAAUGCCGGUUUGGAAUGGGAAAAUUCUUAGAAGGCAUGGGGAUGUUUUUGAGCGGACUUCUAGGGGAUACUAUCAUGCACAUGGUCGUGCAGAUGAUACAAUGAACCUUGGGGGAAUUAAGGUUAGUUCGGUUGAAAUCGAACGCAUUUGUAAUGCAGUUGAUAACAGCAUCCUAGAGACAGCUGCCAUUGGUGUACCACCUUCUCAAGGGGGACCUGAACGAUUGGUAAUCGCUGUCGUUUUCAAGAAUCCAGAUAACACAACCAGAGAUUUGGAACAGCUGAGGAAGACUUUCAAUUCAGCUGUGCAGAAGAAACUAAAUCCUUUAUUCAGGGUUUCCCAUGUAGUAGCUCUUCCUACUCUUCCAAGGACAGCAACAAACAAGGUGAUGAGAAGGAUUUUGAGACAGCAAUUUGUUCAACAAGAACAAACUGCUAAACUAUGAAAGGUACUUGUAGUUUAUCAAAUCACUGUACAAAAUCCACAUUCUAUUUUGAUACUGUAUAAGGAUCCUUUCGUCUAUUGGCCAUAGCCAUAGGAUUAGGGACGACGGCUACCAGAAAUUUAAGUUCUGUAUCAAAUUACUCUUCAGUAUGACAAAAUCGAAUUGUAUAGAGGCUUGGCAAUAAAUUCAAAUAGCUAAAACAUGUAUUAAAACAUUGUUAUUACUUGUAAUUCAAAAGUUUCUCAUCAAA